CUGGCAAGCAAACUUUGACAGCACGCGAAUGGACUGAAAACAUCUGCGAUCACACAUCAACUCGCCGGCUGCUCUGUUAUUGCGAAUUUGUUUUUCCGAAACACGGCACAGAACAUGUUGGGCAACGUUGCAAAAAUGUUCGGAAGCUCGUCACUUUGCACCACACAAUCGGUGCUGCUGCAAUCGUCGAGGAAUACAUUCGUGCUGAAGCGUCGCUUUCCACCGAAUCUGUACAAGAAAAACCAAAAGCCUGGAAAGUUACGUGGACGCCACUACGUGUACGAUUUGGUUGAGGAUACAACGAUAAAGAAAAAGCCAAACCUGGAAGUCGUACUUACCGCCUUUGUGGAAGGCGUUGGAUCGCGAGGAGAUGUAGUUUCGCUAAAGCCAAAUGUAGCAUACAAUAAGCUUUUGCUGCCGGGAUUGGCCGUUUACAAAACACCCGAAAGUGUUGCAAAAUAUGCCACCGAGAAGGAUGAAAAGGAGGCAGAAGUACACAGUUCAGCAUAUGCACAAAGGACUGUAAACAAACUGGAAAGCCUCAUACUGGCGGUUGUAAUGAACAAGGAUCAUGCUUGGGUAAUCGAACCGUGGCAUAUUAAAACCUCGCUCCGAAAAGCCGGAUAUUAUGUACCGGAACAUGCCAUCACCCUCCCAGAAACGCCCAUCACAGGACCGGAUCUGUUGAAACAAAACAAAGAGUUUUACUGCACGGUCACAAUCAACAACCUGGAGAAGGCUCGGGUACGCUGUAGAAUCCAUCACUGGAGUACGGAACCAAGUGAAAGAUUGCCGUAUGUGUUUGAACAUUGGAAAUUGGAUGCGGAGCCAUUAUUCGGAAAAGAUGUGUAAAAACACACAGCACUAGAAGCUCGACAGAAAUAAUAAUAUACUAAUAAGUUGUGCUGCAACAUUUGAAAAAAAAUAGAAACAUACGACGCUCCAAACGUAAAUCCACGAUCAAGUUGAACAAAUGUCUAUCUUUGGUUGUAAUUUGUACGCGCUACGUAUUAUUGUUCAAUCUUUAUUCAUACGCGCACUAUACGCGAAUAAAGUACCGUAUUGUCGUGUGCAUUACAA